AUGCCUUCAAAAGUCUCAUGCUUGUACGUGUUGACAGUCGUUUGCUGGGCAAGUGCUCUUUGGUACUUGGGUAUAUCCCGGCCGACAUCCUCCUAUGUCAGUGGGCAGAUGUCUUUGCCUAUCAGGAAGACUGUGAAAACCCUUAAGAACACUACGUUCAGCAACAUCCGGACGCGAACGCUGAACCCACACGCCUUCGACUUUGUCAUCAACGAGCCUAAGAAAUGUGAGACCAACACGCCCUUCCUGGUCAUCCUGAUCAGCACCACACACAAAGACUUUGAUGCUCGUCAGGCCAUCCGGGAGACCUGGGGCGAUGAGAGCACCUACAGCGACAUCCGCAUCAUCACCCUCUUCCUGCUGGGCCGCAACACGGACGCCGUCCUCAACCAGAUGGUAGAACAGGAGAGCCAGAUCUUCCACGACAUUGUGGUGGAGGACUUCAUAGACUCGUACCACAACCUCACCCUCAAGACCCUGAUGGGCAUGCGCUGGGUGGCCACCUUCUGCUCCCAGGCCCAGUACGUCAUGAAGACAGACAGUGACAUCUUCGUCAACAUGGACAAUCUGGUCUACAAGCUUCUGAAGCCCACCACCAAGCCCAAGAGGAGGUACUUCACGGGCUACGUCAUCAACGGCGGUCCCAUCAGAGACAUGCGCAGUAAGUGGUACAUGCCCAGAGACCUGUACCCCGAGGCUAAGUACCCCCCGUUCUGCUCGGGAACGGGGUACGUGUUCUCAGUGGACGUGGCUGAGCUGAUCUAUAAGACCUCUCUGCACACCAGACUGCUCCACCUGGAGGAUGUGUACGUGGGACUGUGUCUGAGGAAGCUGGGCAUCCAUCCCUAUCAGAACAGUGGCUUCAAUCACUGGAAAAUGGCCUACAGCCUGUGCAGGUACCGUCGUGUUAUCACUGUCCAUCAGAUCUCACCGGAAGAAAUGCACCGAAUCUGGAACGACAUGUCAAGCAAGAAACACCUCAGAUGCUAG